ACGCCGCCAGCGCCCCGCGCCCUGCCCAGCCCGGGUCGCUGGCGCUCGCGCCCGCGGCUUAGCACUCGGGCGCCGCUCGCUUGUUGGGGCAUCGCAGAAAUAUCGCCGCAGACGGACACAAUGGCGGCGGCUGCAGCCACCCCCAGCACGGCCGCCUGCAGCAGUAGCAGCGGCGGCGGCGGCGGCACCGACGCCGCGGGCACCAACGGAUUGCAGCAGCGGCCGCAGCAGCCUCAGACCGCGGCCACUGCGCCGGCUCAGCCGCCGCCGGAGCCCCCCAGGAAGCCGCGCAUGGACCCGCGGCGCCGCCAGGCUGCUCUCUCCUUCCUCACUAACAUCUCGCUGGACGGCCGGCCGCCGCUGCAGGACGAGGAGUGGGGCGGCGGCGAGGAGAGCGGCGCGGCCAAGUCGGGCGCGGGCAGCGCCUGCGGCGCGAGGACUCGGCUCGGCAUGCUCGCCGUUGCCGAGCGGGGAGGCUGUAACGCGCUCGCGGCGGCGGGCACGGCGGCGGCGGCGUUGGCAGCAGGAUCCAGUCCCUGCCUCCCGCAGCCCUCACCGCUGCCGCCCCUGGCUCCCGGCGGCCACGCGUCUGUUCCGGGACUCGGGGUGUGCCGGGGGUUCGCGAGCCCUCUGGGCGCUGGCCGGGCGUCGGGGGAGCAGUUGCAGUCGCCCCGGCCGGCGCCUCUCGCUGCCUGCGCUCAUCUGCAGCUAUCCGACGGGCAAGAGGAGUUGGAGGAGGACGAUGCUUUCACCAGCGUGCAGGUGCCGGCGACCGCCUUCCUGGGCUCUGGGACUCCCGGGAGUGCGAGCGGCAGUCGGGGCCGCCUCAACUCAUUCACUCAGGGAAUCCUGCCCAUCGCCUUCUCCAGGCAGACCUCGCAAAACUACUGCCCCCUGGAGCAGCCGGGCCAGGGGGUCAGCACCAGCGCCUUCGAGCAGCUGCAGAGAUCCCGACGUCGCCUCAUCUCCCAGAGAUCAUCCUUGGAGACCCUGGAAGAUAUUGAAGAGAAUGCCCCUCUACGGAGAUGUCGAACUCUCUCAGGAUCACCCAGACCAAAGAACUUUAAGAAGAUUCAUUUUAUCAAGAAUAUGCGGCAACAUGAUACGAGGAAUGGCAGAAUAGUCCUUAUCAGUGGCAGAAGAUCCUUCUGUAGUAUAUUUUCAGUGCUGCCGUAUCGCGACAGUGCCCACGUUGGGGACUUGAAGUUGGAAGGAGGGAGACAAUCAACAGGUGCCGUGAGCUUAAAAGAGAUCAUUGGCCUUGAAGGUGUGGAGCUGGGAGCUGAUGGGAAGACGGUUUCUUAUACCCAAUUCCUGUUACCCACAAAUGCCUUUGGAGCCCGGAGAAACACCAUUGACUCCACCUCCUCCUUCUCCCAGUUCCGUAACCUGAGCCACCGCAGCCUCUCCAUAGGACGGACAAGCAGUACCCAGGGGAGCCUUGACACAGGCAGUGACCUGGGAGAGUUUAUGGACUACGACCCAAAUCUCCUGGAUGACCCCCAGUGGCCUUGUGGCAAGCACAAACGAGUUCUGAUCUUUCCUUCGUACAUGACCACAGUAAUCGACUACGUGAAGCCCUCAGAUCUCAAGAAGGACAUGAACGAGACCUUCAAGGAGAAGUUUCCUCACAUUAAGUUAACACUCAGCAAAAUACGGAGUCUGAAGCGGGAGAUGCGGAAGCUGGCCCAGGAAGACUGUGGCUUCGAGGAGCCCACCGUAGCCAUGGCCUUUGUCUACUUUGAGAAGCUUGCCCUCAAGGGAAAGCUAAACAAACAGAACCGGAAGCUUUGUGCUGGAGCAUGUGUGCUGUUAGCAGCCAAAAUCGGAAGUGAUCUCAAAAAGCACGAAGUCAAGCAUUUAAUUGAUAAACUGGAAGAGAAGUUCCGGCUGAAUAGACGAGAACUGAUUGCCUUUGAAUUCCCAGUGUUAGUGGCCUUGGAAUUUGCCCUUCAUUUGCCAGAGCACGAAGUCAUGCCCCAUUACAGACGCCUGAUCCAGAGCUCCUAGCACAGGCCCCCGAGGGGGGCCAGGGACCAUUUCUUCUGAGCCCGGUGGAGCCGCGCUUACUACUGGAAAUGCAAAAACGGAACUCAACAUACGAAAUUUCUUUCCUCUCAGCAUGUUUUUGUGUAGAAGCAGCUGGAAACUUUUCAGGGAAUCUUCAGUCUGGGUAGCCGAGAGGAGCUGUGAGCUGUUCACUACUCAGCGAGGGAAGGGAGACCUGUGCAGAAGACAGCAGACACCCUUCCAGCUCUCCACUCGCAAGAGUUAUUAGCCGUCUCCUCCCCAGUCUUCCUCCCGGGCACACACAAACCUUGCAAGCGUGGUCCAGGGCCUUCUCUCCAAACCUGCUCUAACUCAGACUGUGAAGUUCUAGAGUGGAGAGGGGAAGAGAAUUUGCAGAAGUUGGGGGAAAGUUUUUAAAAGAUACCCUCCCUGUGUCAAAAGACCGUGCCAAUCUAUUUUUGUAUCAACUGUUGAAGUGCACUUUCUCCUGGGGCGGGUGCAUGAGUGAGUGUGACAGUGUGUGUGUCAGAGGUAUCUCAUCAGCCCACAACCCCCAAAGCCAGGCCCACCCUCUGUAGACUAGACCUCAGCCUGGGGUCAUGAGCCAGGCUGACCUUCAGCAAUUCUUUCUAGAUAAUCUCUGGAUAACAAUCACUCCCUCUGUACCAGAUUGUCUGACAUCUGCUGCCCUUAGAAAACGACAUUGUUUCUAUUACUGCUCCUACCACCCGUGGGACAAAGAAGACAAGUAUUUGGUGUCGGAUGGGUCUCGUGGUCUCGUGGUAAGGCGUGGACUGUGGCACUCCGUGCCUGUCUGCCAUCACACCGUGUGCAUAUAUUUAACCUUCGCACUUUUCCCACUGUGGAGACCUCGGGGGUUACGCUCCUUGGUGUGUAUGUAUUCCUGUGCUCUAUGUUAGAGUGCAUAAUAAGCACAUUUAUUGUGCUAUGUAUAUAUGUAUAGAUAAAGCAUUUUAUAAAAAUCCAGACUAGGAGUAAGACACAUGAUUGAUAUUUUGAGGCUUUUUAGAGCUGAGACAGACUGCAUCUUGAGCUGAGGUUGUGUCUGUUGAUAGAGGCAGCAACUCUCAUCACCACCACGUACCGAGGGCCGUGAGUGCAGAAUUUUAAUUGUGACUUGUACUGACUCGCUGGGACAACCUGUACCGAGGCACAUGACCGACCACGCCAUCACCUCAUAGCUGCAAAGACAAGUGCCCACUGGGGUUCACCUGACUGAAGAAAGCCUGUGGCCGUGUACAACGAGCAUUAAAGUAUUUUAUUGUUUUUA